AUGAAACAGAAGCCUGAGCCCAAAAACUGUGGGACCCCUUAAAGAUGAGGAUUUUAUUCCCUGGAAUGGAAUUACAUUAAACAGGUGUCUUGCUAUUGCUGCCAUUGCAGCCCUUCUGAGUGUUGGAUUUCAAAUUCUUCAAGAAUCUGUUGACUCGGAUGACCUGGCAGAACCAGAGAAUGAUAUUUGGACUUCACCUGAGUCAAAUGAGCAGCAGUCGUCUGAACCGUGGUUUUUUGAAAACUGGUUUGGCUCAAGUACACCAAAUUUGCCUAUUAUAGAGGAACCAGAAAUACCAGAAACUGCAGAACCAGACAUUUCUGAAGUAGAAGAGCUGGAACAGCCCAUAGAUGAAGAAUCAGAGCUAACAGAUGAGGAAAUAGAAACAGAGACAGAAGCAGAAGCAGAAUUAGAAUUAGAAGAACCAAUAGAAACUGAGAAGCAAGAGGAAAAAAAGGAAAAAAAAAAACCAAGUGAACAGUGGGGGUUAAAGUCUAAAGGUAGAUAUAUGGAAGCCAAAGCUAUAAAAAUCCGAAGAGCUGAAAAUGGGUCCCAAAAAAAAGAGGUUUUUCCUUUUAACCUUGCAAAGAAGCCCAAGGAUUCAGCUAAACCUUCCCCAGAAGGACGAGAGAAGCCAUACAAAGACACAAAAUAUCAGAAAAAAUACAAUGAAAAAAAAUAUGAUUCUCCAAAAAAACAGGAGUAUGAGAAGUCUUUCAAAAAAGAAAGAGAGGAACACAAUAAAUAUUUUAAGCAAGACAAGGGAAAGAAAGAAGAUAAAGAAUAUAAGGCAUACAAGCAGUACCAUUAUGAAAAGGAUUAUAAGAAAAAGUAUGAUCCCAGACAUCAUGGUUGA